AUGGGUUACGGUACCCAGGUGGCUUCUGGUGUCACUGUAAUAUGUGCUGCGUUUCUGAUUCCAAUGUUGACUUGUACUGUUUCGUUAUUCUACGAAGUUGCACAAAUGCAUAUGCAGGCAAUGGAUGGAAUGGAAGAGUUCAAGCUCUAUGCAAACGGUGCAUGGGAAGAUAUGCUACCAGCUGCCCGUCUACCUCGUGGCGUCACCACAACUCCGAAUGAUUCCAAAAAAGAUCCAUGUGAUUGUGACACUGGUCCAGCUAUCAAUUGUCCAGCAGGACCACACGGUCCACGUGGCAGACCUGGAAGAAAAGGUGCAGAUGGACCACACGGACAACAAGGAAGAAAGGGACCGGAUGGAAUGGAUGUGUUUAAGGAAAUGAUUGGACCAGUCGAGUGUAUACCCUGUACCGCUGGAGAGCCAGGACCACCAGGUGAAGAUGGACCAGCUGGAGAGAAAGGAGAAGAUGGGCAACCAGGAAGUCCAGGAAAACCAGGAGAAGAUGGAGAACCGGGAACUGAUGGGGAGCCAGGAUUUAUCGGAUUCCCUGGGUUCCCUGGACCUCCAGGAGAGGAUGGAAAGCAAGGAAACAAUGGAACACGUGGUGUUGGAAUUCCAGGACCAGCAGGACCACCUGGUCCAGAAGGAGAAGUUGGAAUGCCUGGAGUUACUGGAGAGACAGGAGAAAACGGGCAAGAUGGACCGAAGGACCAGAGGGACCACCUGGAAAUGCAGGAGAUCGAGCGGAAGAGGGUCCUGAUGGAAUUCCGGGAAAACAAGGAAUUUAAACCACUUCAUUUUCUUCUAGGAUACUGUCCAUGUCCUCGUCGGUCUGCAUCACGAUCGGGAACUUCAUUAGGAACUCCAUUAACUGAUACCAUUGUUCCAUCGCCAACUAUUUUCCCUCUGACGUCUUCAACCUCCACUACCCCCACAUUAUCUCCAUCUGUUCCAACAAUCCUUCCGACACGGUCUCCGAAAUCUCGUGAAGAACCUCAUCAAGUGCCUCCAAAUCCAUCGUCAUCGGAGAAUCCAGAAACUGGAGAAUCUGAUAAUUCGCAAAAUUCCGGGGAUACGGAAGAGUAUAAAAUAAACUUCAUUCGAUAA